AUGUACCACGGCUACCUCAACUCCCUCGCCUCCCGGGCCGGCAUCCUGGCCGUGUCCGUCGACUACCGCCUCGCGCCGGAGCACCCCAUCCCGGCCGCCUACGAGGACUCCUGGAUGGCGCUCAGCUGGGCCGCGUCGGGGGCCGACCCGUGGCUCUCGGAGCACGGCGACGCCGGCCGCAUCUUCCUGGCCGGCGACAGCGGCGGGGCCAACAUCGUCCACAACAUGGCGAUCAUGGCCGGCACCCGGAGCACUGAUCAGGACGGUUUGCCCGUGGGGGCGGUGGUGGAGCGGGCGAUCCUGCUGCACCCCAUGUUCGGCGGGAAGGAGCCGGUGGACGGCGAGGCGGCGGACACGGGAUAUCACAUGGAGAAGCUCUGGGCGCUGAUAUGCCCGGACGGCGACGGUCUAGGGGUGGACGACCCGAGGCUGAAUCCGAUGGCUCCUGGGGCGCCGAGCUUGCGCGCGCUGGCUGGCCGGAGGCUGCUCGUCUGCUCCGCCGAGAGGGACUUCGCGCGGGCGAGGGCUGCCACGUACUACCGGGCCGUCAAGGGGAGCGGGUGGCCCGGCAUGGCCGAGUGGCUGGAGUCCCCCGGGGAGGAGCAUGGGUUCUUCCUCCUUCAGCCGGAGCGCGACGAGUCGUCGGCUCUCUUGGAUCGUGUGGCCGCCUUCCUCUCCGGCGAAUGA